AUGGCGGAUUUUACGUCCGUGCUCAGUGCCUGGCGCGAAAUUGGGCUUGAGAAGCUCCAAAAUGAGCUUGCACACCAUGCACCAACGGUGACAUCAGGGCAGAAAGAGGCAUUGCUGUCGCGCAAGGCGCUCGCGGACCGCACGCGCGAAUUCAAGCGGCAGUCGCCCGAGAGCCAGCUCGAGGGGAUCCGUGCGCUGCUCAAGGCCUACCAGGGCGAGAUUGAUCUCUUGACGAACCGCGCCAAGCAGGCGGAGGGCGUGGUGCUCGACGUGCACACGCGCCUUCAGCACGCUCCUGACCCGUAUCCCGUAUUUGAAGUGCUCGUCGACCAAACCGCGUCGGCGAACGAUACCGAGGCGCUGCGUGCGCAGCUCGCCGAGGCGCAGUCGGACCGCUCCGCGCUUCAGCAGCGCUGCGCCGCCGCCGAAGCACGCAUCCGCGAGCUCGGGCAGCGCGACGCGGACGCGGCCGCGGACGCGGCCGCCCAGGCUGCCGAAGCGCGCGCCGAGGCCGAGCGGCGCAUGGCCGAGCGCGAGGCGUCGCUGCAGCGCGAAGUGAGUGCGCUCCAAGGGCACCUGCGCGAGCUGCGCACGAGCCACGAGCAGGUCACUACCCAGCUCCUGCACGCAUCGCAGCCCGGCGAGGGCGGCGGCGGCGAGCAAAUCGAUACCCUGGUCGCCGACCUGCAGAAGGCGAACGAGCGCGCAGCGCAGGCCGAGCGCCGCACGAGUGCGCUGCGCACCGAGUCCGAGCAGGCGCGGGCCGAAGAGGCGGCGGUCUACCGCAAGCACCUUGCCCAGCUCCAGGAGCGUACGCAGGCGCUGGAACACGCGCAGGCGCAGGCGCGCGAGAGCAGUGAGCAGCUGCACGCCGAGGCGCAGCGCCGCGCCGAGGCGGAGCGUCAGGCGGAGCAGCAGCGUGCCGACGCCGCCGAGCAGGAAUCGGCCGCGCUGCGCCACGCGCUGGGUCAGCGCCACGACUAUGACGAGAUCAAGCGUGAGCUCGACGUGCUCAAGGCGGUCGAGUUUGCGGGCGAGGAUGACGAUGCGGCACCGGCAGAAGACGAGGGCGCGACACGCCCACUCGAGGCGCAUCUCGUGCGGCGCAACCACAAGCUGCAAGACGAGCUCGCGACGCUCCGUGCGGCGCUCGCCGACCAGAAGCGCGACGCGGCCGCGGUCGAGGCGGAGCGCGACGCGCAGCGCACUCAGCUCCAGGAGCUCCAAACGCUCACAAAGCGUCUCGAGAGCGACCUGCUGAAUGCUGCGCCGAAGGAGGAAGAGGCGCCGGCGGCCUCGGGGCUGCUGCCGAUCGUGACGAGCCAGCGCGACCGCUUUCGCACGCGCAACGCCGAGCUCGAGCAGGAGCUGCGCACGCAGCUCGAGUCGAUGGCCGAACUGCGCGGCGAGAUCAAGCGGCUCCAGGCCGACAACCUGAGCAUGUACGAAAAGGUGCGCUACCUGCAAAACUUUGGCGGCAAGGUCGCUGCGCCGACGGACAUGCCGUACCCCAUGCAGUCCCGCGGGAUGGACGCCGAGGACCCGUACCGCGCGCGGUACGAGCAGUCCAUCCACCCGUUCGAGGCGUUCCGUGGCCGCGAGCAGUCGCGCGCGCUCGCGUCGCUGAGCCCGAUCGACCGCCUGCUGCACCUGCUCACCAGUGCGGUGCUCGGCAACGCGCAGAUGCGGCUAGUGUUUGUGUGCUAUGCGGGCACCGCGCCGUAG